AUGCUUCCUACCAUCCUUCUCCUUUGUGGUAUGUUUGCUGCGGUCAGCCUUGCCAAGGAUCCUCAGUCUCAAACGCCCGGCCUUGUCAAGAACAACACCCUCAACACCAGCAAUGAUCAAUGCGACACGACCACUGUUGGCGUCAUCCGUGGUGGCCAGGUCCAGGUGACUGACUGUUUUGACAUCAUGGACAGCUCGGGCACCGCCAACUUCAGCGUGGAGAUGUCGGACUGGAGGGACUCGACCGACCUGUCCGACGAAUACUACAAGCUCUUCACCGUUGGCAGCUGUGAGCUGGCAGUGAAGCGGAUUGAUGGCGGCAAGAGCACUACCUGGAUUGGCAAGUUUGACAUUCACAGCAUCAUCAACCAGUCUGUUGAACUUGCAAAGACGGGAGGUGGGGAUCAGCUAGAGACUACCCACGGAGAGAUGAAUUGCACUUCAAAGGGGUCACCGAAAGCUCUUAUCUCAUGGACUCUUCGACAGGCGAGCAAUGACACUGGCAAUGGAAAUGUCAAACCUGAAACUUUGCUGGGAUGGGAUGAGGGUGGAAGCAAGACAGCAACAUAA